ACAGAUGGCUAUGACACAGCUGUGGGCACUGUCAUACACUCCCUGCGCAAGAACCUCAAAGUGAGCGUGGCAGGCCUGGCCAAGAACAAGGAAGUCGACAAGAGGGACACCCACAAGUGCUGGUGGUCUAAGCCAAUCCAGCGGCCUGACGUGCCCUUUGACAGACUCAUGUGCUAUGAAUCUGGUGCCAGUGGCGGUGAAGCAGCUGCCCCAGAAUUUACCAGCACUACAUUCAGUUGUCUAAAGGAGAUCUACCAGCAACAAGAAAUCACGCUCGCGUCUUCCCUACUCAACACAGGACAGCAGAAGACGGACGAAGUUGUCAUGCUGGAGGCCAUUGUGGAGGCAGCAAUUCAAGCCAUGAAGAACGGCCUGAACCUCCGCCAGCUCAUGAUCUUCAUCAACGCCGAGUACAAGGGUGAGGCGGACUUCACUCCCAAAGUGCGUGAUUUCGAGGGGAUCUGCGCCAAGUUCGAGGAGCUGAAGAGGAAGCAUAUCAUCUAAAG